GGUGGUUAGCUGAUGUGCCAGUUGAUGGUUUGAGUCUUUCUGCCAGGACCAGGCUGUCGUUCCUCGGGGGAGCUGUAGCAGCAUGUCAGAAGUUAGAUGAAGCUAGGCAGCUUUUUGGGGUAAAGUCAUCAAGGAUUUGAAAGACAGAACAGGAGUAUUGAUUCAACUAGUGCACAUCGCAUUUCGGGAAAACCAGGGAUGGGUACAAUCCCACACGAGAUCCGGAGACUCUUGGAUGACUGCGAGUUGUUUGUGACGGAGAUCCUUGAGGAUGAAGACCUGAGUGAAAGCGCCGCGGAGACGCGGAAGGUCCUGCUGAAUAACUUCCUGGUCGUUCAUGCAAGGCUUCCUCAGGAAUUCCCAGCAAGAUUUGACUCCAGGGACGAUGAGGGCUCUGAUGACAACCGCAGCUCCAGUCUCGGACGUUCUGCCCCUUCAGACGACGCCUCAGUGUCGGACUACCAGGAUGAUGGAGUCCCAGAGUGUGAGUCCACAAUAGAUUUAGGUGACAUCCCCCCAAUUGGAGCCCAGGAACUUACCAACAACUUGAAACAGGGCUUCCUGGAGAAGAAACGAAAAGAUCACAGCUUCUUUGGCUCAGAGUGGCAGAAGAGAUGGUGCGUCCUGAACCACUCCGUGUUUUACUACUUUGGGAGUGAAAAAGAUAAACAGCAGAAAGGCUCAUUUUAUAUCAGUGACUAUAGUGUGCAGCUGUCGAGUAGCCUGAGAAAAGACUCCAAAAAAAACGCCUGCUUCGAGUUCACAGCUCCUGGUCGACGGGCCUUCCAGUUCACUGCCAGCAGCCCUCAAGAUGCCCGAGAGUGGGUGGACCAAAUAAAUUUUGUUCUGAAGGAUCUCAGCUCCAAUAUCAUCCCGGUUGACGACGAUGAGUAUGAGGACGAGUACGAUGACAUUGAGGGCCUGGCCCAGGGUUCACCACUGAUGGCGAACCCUGGGCCAUCUGUGGCCCAGGGUUCACAGGUCAUCAAGCAAAUACGACGACAAGAGAAGUAUGAGCCUGAUGAUGAAGACGACAUCUAUGAGGAACUGCCAGAGGAAGAUCUUCAAGAACAAGUGGAAGAGACUGCUGAGAAGAACAACCAGUCAGCCAUGUCAUCAGAAUAUGCUAACUACUACCAGGGUUUGUGGGACUGCCAGGCCGACGAGACGGAUGAGCUGGAUUUUAAGAGAGGGGAUCUCAUCUAUGUCAUUAGCAAGGAGUACAACAUCCACGGCUGGUGGGUCGGUGAACUGAACGGCACCGUGGGCAUCGUCCCCAAGGACUUCCUGCAGCCCGCCUACAUCCUCUGAGAUCCAACAGCGCGCUCUCUUCGACACAUCCAGGCGUGACUCCACCGACGGAUACGGACACAAUUUCUUUCCCGCUUUUCAUCAUGUAGAUCCUGCGUGUUUGUGCAGGAUCUACUGUCCACCGUAGAUCACAUUUAUGUGAUGUGGAAACUAGAACUGUCAUUCUAGACGUAUUCAUCCAGAAAUGAGCGAUGCACACUGAAAGUCACUGUUUACGUAAGCUGGUAUUUUUGUCAAAUAUCAGAAUAAGCAACAUAUGUAACCAUACGGCCUUUAGAUAUUUUGAUUUCUUAACUUUUAACAUUAAAGAGUUAUGUGCAUGUUAAAUACUAUUAAUAAAUCAUCAAAUGAAAAUACUCA